AAAACCAACCAUACGAUUUCCCCCGAGCUCCCCUAACUCCCCCGCCCCCCCAGCGGCCCCCCGCUACCGUCGUCCACCCGACGCCGCCCACCCCCCGUUUUCCGAGCUGGCGUGGCGACGCAAACUCACAAAUAUUUACUUCCUGUACAUCAAGAGGAAAGGGGGCCCCCCUUUCGUGGAAUGCGGCAACAUGGGCGUGUUUGACCGCGGAGUUCAGAUGCUGCUGACCACGGUGGGGGCCUUCGCCGCCUUCAGCCUCAUGACCAUCGCCGUGGGGACAGACUACUGGCUGUACUCACGCGGCGUCUGCAAGAUCAAGAGCACCAACGAGAACGAGACCAGCAAGAAGAACGAGGAGGUGAUGACGCACUCGGGCCUCUGGAGGACCUGCUGCCUGGAAGGUUCCUUUAAAGGCAUGUGUAAGCAGAUAGACCACUUCCCUGAGGAUGCUGAUUAUGAAGCGGAUGCUUCUGAGUACUUCCUACGUGCUGUACGAGCCUCCAGUAUCUUCCCCAUCCUGAGUGUGAUCCUGCUCUUCAUGGGGGGGCUGUGCAUCGCCGCCAGCGAGUUUUACAAGUCACGCCACAACAUCAUCCUCAGUGCUGGCAUCCUAUUUGUCUCCGCAGGCCUAAGCAACAUCAUAGGAAUCAUUGUGUACAUAUCAGCCAACGCUGGGGACCCUUCCAAGAGUGACUCCAAGAAAAACAGCUACUCCUAUGGCUGGUCCUUCUACUUCGGCGCCCUCUCCUUCAUCAUGGCUGAAAUGGUGGGCGUGCUGGCCGUGCACAUGUUCAUCGACCGCCAUCGGGAGCUGCGAGUGGGGGCACGAGCUGCUGACUACCUCCAAGGUGCGGCCAUCACGCGCAUCCCCAGCUACCGCUAUCGUUAUCGACGCCGCUCGCGCUCUUCGUCCCGCUCCACCGAUCCCUCGCACUCCCGCGAGGCAUCGCCGGUCGGCCUGAAGGCCUUCGGGACGCUGCCCUCCACCGAGCUGUCCAUGUACACGCUGCCCAAGGGCCAAACGGGCACCCCGACAGCCACCUAUAACUCCACGGAGAGGGACCACAACUUCCUGCAGGUCCACAACUGCAUCCAGAAGGACCUGAAAGACUCAGGUGGCCACAGCAACACCGCCAACCGACGCACCACACCUGUAUGAAACUGACAGAGGGCCCUCAGACACUAAAAAAAUCAGAGGGGAUUUUGGGGGGAGGCGGCAAAAGACAGAUCACGGUGUAAGGAGAUGGCAUGAGGAAGAGAAGGGGGGCUUAAAUGGAUUGAUGGAGUGAAGGAAGCAGCAGAGAGGAGGGUCUGAGCGCUCCACAGCACCUCAGAUGAUCACUGAGUUUAAAAAAAAGGAAACAGAAAAAUGCAUUAAAAAAAGAAACAUGCAUGAUUUUCCCAUCUACCAUUGUUUAACGAGUUUUGAACAUGUUUAUAAAGAUUUGAGGGGGAGGAUGGGGAAAGAGGAGUCGGGAGGGGGGGUGGCCGGUGGUUGUCUGUCUCGGGGCUGUGGAACCAUAGAGUGGUGGGCUUGGCCAGACUGCCCAUUUAAAGGUGAACUUUAUAUUUUUUACUCUUCCUCAGUCUGAUGAAAAAGGGGCGUAGUUUGCCCUUCGGCCCCGCCUAUGAUCCCGCCCUCACACUACCAUCCCACAAGCCCCCCCAGCACACACACCCUGACCUCCCUUAAAACCCACUCCUUUCUUUAGUUGCUGUAUCUUCUUGAUUUCAUUCUUUAUUCGCAUUAAUACUGUGAAUCAUUGCGGUGUGGGAUUUUAGCAGGGAGCAAUUCAGGCCGCAAAAAAAGAAAAAAAACAGAAAAAAAACACAUAAGUUAAUAUAUGUAUUGAUUAUAUAUAAAUAUAUGAAUAUAUAUGUUAAUAAAUCAUGACUAGACUUCCCUGGCGCAAAAAUAUCAACAAGAAAAAAAAGAAAACAAUGUAACUCACAAGUGAAACUAGAUCAAGUCGUCAUGGAAACUAAACCAAGACGGAGGAUUCAUCGUGACUGGCUCAUUUGACAGGCAAUGGCUUCAGCCUACUUGAUAAACUGAUAUUGGUUAGUAUUACACACAUUAUCACAUUCUUUUACAACAACAAAAAAAAUCUUUUGGCCUUCCGCCGAAACCCUGGCAGCCAUCUUUGUUUAGGGUCAACUAGAGGUGAAAACUUGACCUCACUUUUUUUGCUCCAUAAAGGGGCGGAGUGAAGAGAGAACUCUGGGUAACGGAGGAUCUCUCUGCAAACUUGAAGAAGACUGUGGACUAUGAAACGUCACUACUACCAAAGACACAAAGUAGUGCGUGAGAGAACAUGGCUACCAGCGAGGUGAAGCUAAGUGACUCCAAAAAAUUAAGAAUUUACAUGCAUGCUAAUCAAAAUCAUCCGAUCUGCUUUUAAGGAACUUAUGUUUUGAACAAUUGAACAAUGAUACCAUGUAAGGGCAGUGGGAGUGACAAAGUAGAAUUAAUGUUACAGUACUGUGUCUAUUUCAAUUUUACUUUUCUUUUUUUUUUUUUUUGAGUGGGUAACUUGGGGUGGGGCUUCAUUACGCUUGAAACAAAAAGAACAAACUUUGGAGAACGUAUCAAGGCUUUUUUUUAACAGAAGAAAAUCUUAUCUUGCCUUUUAAUUUAAUUUAAUUUUCUCGGUUCCUUUGAACUGUCACACAGCCUUAUUCUCUUUUUUUUUGGUCUCAUUUUUCUUGUUCUUUGGUUUUGCGUUGUGUUGUUGUAAAUGAGAAUUUAAAAAAAGCGUAAUGUCUUUCAAGGUGCCAAAACUGAAUGAUUCUGAACUUGGAUGCAUCAAUCCUGAUGACGAAUAAAAAUUGAACCCCCCGUAGGGAACAGAA